AUGAUAUAAUAGAAAAAACAUUUCAAUAAUCUACAAGAUUUUUUAGACUUCUCGAUUUAAUCUAAUUCAGCUCUCAGUACACAAUAGUCUAAUUAAGUUGGUGAGGCAGAUGAAUCAGCCUUAGGCUCUGCUUUAGCAAACUGUGCUAAUUUCUCAAAUUUGGAACUUGAUUUUAGUAGAAACAAAAUUGGUGCAAUUAAUAUAUCUUGCUUAGGUUCUGCUUUAGUAAAUUUCACUAAUCUCUAAACUUUGGUACUUGAACUCAGAUACAAUUAAAUUGGUGAAAAAGGUACAUUAUGCUUAGGUUCUACUUUAGCAUAGUCCAUUAAUCUCUAAAAUUUGGCACUUGGUCUUGAGAAUAAUUAAAUUGGUAAUAUUGGUACUACAAAAUUAAGUUCUGCUUUAGCAUAGUGCACUAAUCUCUCAAAUUUAAAACUUUAUCUUACGAAAAAUUAAAUUGGUGAUGAAGGUGCAUAAAGCUUAGGUUUUAAUUUAGCAAAUUGCUCUAAUCUCUCAAAUUUGGCUCUAAUUCUAGAGUUUAAUGAAAUUUGUACAUUUUGCUUAGGUACUGCUUUAUAAAACAACACUAAUCUCUAAAGUUUGGAACUUGUUCUUAGGAAAAAUUAAAUUGUUGAUGAAGGUGUAUCAGCCUUAGGUUUUUCUUUAGUAAAGUACACUAAUCUCUCAAAUUUGACACUUAUUGUUGCAUAGAAUUAAAUUGGCUAUGAAGGUGCAUCAGGCUUAGGUAUUGCUUUAGCAAAGUGCAAUAACCUCUAAAAUUUGAAUCUUUAUCUUGGCUUUAAUAAUAUUCGCGAUGAGGGUGCAUCAGGUUUAGGUUCUGCUUUAGCUAACUGUAUUAAUCUCUUGAAUUUAAAUCUUUAUUUAAGUGAUAAUUAAAUUGGUGAUACAGGUGCAUCAAACUUAGGCUUCUCUUUAGCAAAGUGCACUAAUCUCUAAAAUUUAGGACUUUAUCUUGAUGAGAAUUAAGUUGGUGAUGAAGGUACAUCAGGCAUAGGUUUUAUUUUAGAAAACUGCAUAAAUAUCUCAAAUUUUGAACUUGGUCUUGGUAUGAAUAUUAUUUGCUUUUAGGAGGUAUCAAAUUUCGGUUCUUCUUUAGCAAACUUCACAAAUUUAUCUAAUUUGACUCUUGAACUCUAUGAGAAUUAAAUUGCUGAUGAAGGUGCGUCAGCCUUAGGCUCUGCUUUAGCAAGGUAUACUAAUCUCUCAAAUUUGAAACUUUAUCUCUAUUUAAAUUAAAUUGGUGCAAUUGGCGCAUUAGGCUUAGGUUCUGGUUUAGCUUAGUGCAAUAAUCUCUCAAAUUUGAUACUUGAUCUUAGGUUGAAUCAAAUUGGUGAUGAAGGUGCAUCAGGUUUAGGUUUUUCUUUAGAAAAGUCCACUAAGCUCUCAAAUUUGGAACUUUGUAUUGGGGAAAAUUAAAUUGGUCCAAUUGGUGCAUUUAGCUUAGGUUCUAAUUUAGCAAAGUUCACUAAUCUCUCAAAUUUGAAACUUAAUCUGAUUAAUAGUUAAAUUGGCGGUGAAGGUGCAUCAAACUUAUGUUCUGCUUUAGCAAAAAGCACUAAUAUCUUAAAAUUGGAGCUUUUACUUGGAUAAAAUGAAAUCAAUGAAUCAGAAAAUUUGAAAGUUCAGAGCAAAUGUGAUGAUUUUCAAGUAAAUUUAGUUACAGACGGUAUCAAUUCUAGUACUAAUGUUGUUUUAAGUAGUUUGAAUUCCUAAUAGUGUUUGCCAAACUCUUGCAAUAAUCAAUUUUGCAGCGGUGUUUUUGAACUUUCAUAGGAAUGUUCAUAAAUACAUACUAAUACUUUGAUAUUUCCACAUUUUCAAGUCGCAUCUAUAGUUGAUGUAGGAGUAACAAAUAAUGCAAUAGCAGAUGGAAUUAAGAAUCUUAUUUAACUUUUUAAUGAAAUAAAUUUGAAUUAUACUAAUUUUAUUAUGACUGAUUAUACAAAUUUUGCUGUUAAUGCUGAUUGCAAUAUUUAUUCUUAUAGGCUUACUUAUUUUUUUUAAGUUUUGAGUAUUAUGAAUACGGGGAGUGACUAAAUGAAAACUACAAUCUUUGAUUUUAAUACACAUCUAAAUUCUUAUAUUUAUAGAUAUUAAAUUAGCAUUAACACUUGUCAUCCUACAUGCUUAUUAUGUAAUGGAAUAACUUUAAAUGACUGCACAAGCUGUUAAUAAGUAGCAAGUUUUUCGAAUGGAUCAAGUGGAUCUUGUUCUUGUACAAAUUCUUCUGACUAUUUUUAAAAUGGAUAAUGCGUUAAUUCUUGUUCUACCAAUUAUGUACCUAAUGGUAAAUAUUGCUACUAUAAUUAUGGUUGUUCAACUCCUGACCCAUCAAAUAACGGUAAAUGCUAAACUUGUGCAAGUGGAUUUUAUAAUAAUGAUGGAAUUUGCUAGACCCAAAAUACUGUACCUCCAGGAUAUGUCCAACAAGGAUCUAAUUUUAUAUUAAAAGCAUCUUAAAAUCCAUAGUAAGUUUAAAAUAUUUAAUAUUAUCUUAAGGCAUUUACUAGCUAUACUUUUUCUGAUUUAGAGGUUACUAAUAAAGGUUUUUCUGUAACUCCUGGAAGACCACAGUAACCUUUAGUUACUUCUUGUAAAGGCGUAAACAUCUUGGGUGGUUUUAUGGUUAUCUAAUAUAAUACAGUUAUACAGUUCCCUUCUAUUACAAUUUCUACUUAGUAUUACUAAAUCUUUUUUACUGUUUAUUUGAUUGAUUUUGAUACAAAUUUGUCACCAUCAUAAAUAAAUGUUGUGCUCUCUGAUGGAAGCCAACUCUCCAGUUACACUGUUUCUACUAAUAAGUCUACAGCAUAUUAUUGCGGAUUAAAUUAAAUGGAUACGAUUGAUUCAUUUUCUUUUGUAUACAAAAUUGGAGCGUCUCCAAGUAAUUAAAUAACUAAAAAUUUUCAAAUUAUAAAUAAAAGUAGGAUUACUUAUGCUGGUUCUCCAGUGGCACAGGGAUAUCUAGGUAUUAGAGAUAUUACUGUAAUUGGAUUUGACUGUAUUAAUUGUACAGACUGUAUUGAGUAUAUAUGUACAUCUUGUGUAGAUUACUAUUUUCUAAAUUCUUCAAAAUUUUGUGAAAAAUGUUUUGAUCCUAAUUGCAUAAAAUGUAGCGGAAAAAAUUAACAAGAUUGUAUUUCUUGUAAUUCUGUAAAGCCAUAUUUUUUAUAAGAUGAUCAUUCUUGCACUGAUUGUAAAUUAAAUGGAUAUUAUAGUUAAUCAAAUAAUUGUUUGAAAUGCAUUCCGAAUUGCCAAACGUGUUCAAAUGGAAGCACUUGUGAUUUAUGCUAAUCUGGCUAUCUUAUUCAUGAGUAAACAAAUAAAUGUGUUAUUUGUUCAUAACAAUCAGGAUAUUACUCUUCAGGAAAAUAUUGUAAAUAAUGUAAUGUAGCUUGUAAAGAAUGCUCAGGACCUACUGAUUUAGAUUGUACUAUAUUAGUAUACCUUCUUUAAUAAUAUACACUAUUUUUAAUUUCCUCUGCAGUUACCUUUAAUCAUCUUUGA